AUGUUAGCACGGUCUCCAGACUAUUACCUACGACUGAUUGGGAUAAUCCACUGGACCGCAUACUAUUACGACCAGAACAAUCCAAAGUUAAGUGAGAAAUACGGAGAGGUGUUUACCAUUUACCUGGGGUCCCGACCAGUUAUUGUGGUCACUGGAUACAGAUCUGUGAAAGAAGUCUAUGUAGACAGAGGUGAUGACUUCUUAGCUCGGGGAGAUGUGCAUUCCUUCAAUUAUUACUUUGAUGGCUAUGGAAUUGCUUUUACUAGCAACAUGGAGAGUUGGCGAGAACUCCAUAAUUUUUCCAUUGCUACAAUGCGGGACUUUGGUAUGGGAAAGAAGAACACGGAAGAACAUAUUCAGGAGGAAGCUCAGUGUCUAGUUGCAGAAUUAAGGAAGACAAAAGAAUCAUUUUUUGAUCCUCGUCAGUACCUAAACAAAGCACCAUGCAACAUUAUUUUCGCUAUCAUGUUUGGAAGUCGCCAUGAUUAUGAUGAUGAAGAGCUACUUGAUGUGUUGUCUUAUAUGCAUAAUUCCUUUGUCCUUGUCAGCUCAAUCUGGGGGCAGCUGUAUGAGAUGUUCCCUAAAAUCAUGAAUUUCCUCCCGGGGCGACACCAGAAUAUUUUCUAUUACAUGAAGAAGCUUUUGCGCUAUGUGGAAAAGAGGGUUGAGAUGAGCAAGAAGACUUUGGACCCUAAUAAUCCAAGGGAUUAUGUUGAUGCUUUCCUUAUUAAAAUGGAGAAGGAAAAGAUGAAUCCCAAAAGCGAAUACCAUCUCACCAAUUUAGUAAACAGCACUUUACAGAUCUUCUUCGCUGGGGUGGAGACAAUGAGCACAACUCUGACUUAUUCUCUUCUUAUUCUUCUGAAACACCGGGAUGUUCUUGCUAAAGUCCAUGAGGAAAUUGACCAGGUCAUUGGUCGAAACCGGAGCCCCAAGGUGGAAGACAGAAGCCAAAUGCCCUACACAGAUGCUGUGAUCAGUGAAAUACAACGAUUCAUAGACUUGCUCCCAAUGGGUUUACCACGGAAAACCACAAGAGACAUCAAGUAUAGAGGGUACUCUAUACCCAAGCUCACCAAUGUGUUUCCAGUGUUAUCCUCGGUGCUGAAAGACCCCACUUGUUUCCCAUACCCAAAUGAGUUCAAUCCCAAGAAUUUCCUUGAUGAAAAUGGAAAAUAUAAAAAGAAUGAUGCCUUUAUUCCUCUAUCAACAGAUGCCACCAUCAGUCGCACCAUUGAAACUUUAACCAGCCCUAUGCUAGGUGCAGAUCAUCCAUCUGAGUAUGGCCUCUAA